AUGAUCCCGCAAAAGCAGAUCCCAACAACGGCAUUCGUCGUUGAGAAGCCAGGAGCACCAUUUGUCCUCCAAGAUGUUAUUCUGGAUGAAGUGCGGGCAAAUGAAGUCUUGGUUGAGAUGAAGUAUACCGGUCUUUGCCACACAGAUAUUGUCGUACAACAAGGCAUAAUCCCCGUUGGUGAUUAUCCCGCCGUACUAGGCCACGAAGGCGCCGGGAUCGUCCGCCGCGUCGGCAGUGGCGUCAAAGACAAGUCCCUGCAAGAAGGUGACCUCGUCUUUCUAAGCUUCAGCUCCUGCAAAGGACAAUCCUGCACACCCUGCCAGGAAGGACGAAGUGGGUUCUGCGGUCAGAUCACACCUAUCAACUUUGCCGGUGCUCGAGGGCUCAGCGCUACCGAGUCGCCCAUCUCUUUCCCUGGUGGAAAGGGCCCCAUUCGUGGCCAAUUUUUCGGUCAGUCUUCCAUGAGCAAGCUGGCUGUGGUCGAUGAGCGUUCUGUCGUCAGGUCCCCUUCCGGUUCUGGAAUCACUAUUGAGGACAUGGCUGUGCUUGCCCCUCUCGGCUGUGGAUAUCUCACCGGUGCUGGCACCGUCUUCAAUGUCCUUAAGCCUAAGCCUAGUAGUCGCUUUGCGGUCCUCGGUAUGGGUGCUGUUGGUCUCGCGGCCAUGAUGGCUGCUCGGUCGCUGGGUGUCGAGACUGUUAUUGCGGUUGAUAUUGUUGAUGCGAAGCUCGAGCUGGCCAAGUCUCUUGGUGCAUCGCAUACGUUGAACACGAAGACUGUGUCCGAUCUUGCACAGGGACUGUUGGAUAUGUUCCCCGACGGUGUGGACUGCAUUAUUGAUACGACGGGCGUGGUUCCUUUGCUUGAUGCUGCAGUUAAAGCUCUGGCCCAUGAAGGCACCCUGGCUGUUGUCGGGGUGGCUCGUGCUGGGUCCAUUCUCAGCAUUGAUCCUUUGGCGCUCAUGAUGGGCUGCAAACGUGUUGUUGGUGUCAUCGAGGGCUGCGCAGAUCCCGCUGUGAUUGUUCCGCAACUGAUUGAUCUGUACAAACAAGGGAAAUUCCCCGUUGAUAAGCUUUCUAAGCUCUAUAGUCCGGCUGAGCUUGAGCAAGCUCUGGCUGACUUACAUACUGGGACUGUCAUCAAGCCGGUUAUCAAAUGGGAAGACCUAUGA